GUCUCAGUUAGUCGUUGACCCCGACCUUGGUCAACAAUGUCUCAGUCUAAUAUUUACCAACAAUUAUUUGAGGCAUAUUGUAAGGCUUAUCCAGACAAGAGAAAAGAAACUUGCCAAAAAGAACUUAACAAAGAAUGGGAGUCAAUAAAAUCAAGUUCAGAGAAUAAACCGUUGUUGAUAAAACCAAAAGCUGAAGAAUAUCUUAAAAAGCUUAAUAGUAUUGCUGCGAAAAAAGGUGGAUUAAUGCAAUUUUUCGCCAAAUCAAUAUCUCAUUUAAAAACAAAAACAACCAUAGAAAGGCCCCAAGAACUAGAAUUUCAACCUGAUUCGGAUCAGUUUUGUGAACCUUUAUUGACGGACUCUGAAACAGAACAGAACAUUUGUUCAAAAAUUACGAGUUCUGCGAAAAGGCCUGCCCAAGAAGCAACUAAAAAUGAAAUUGAUCUAUUAAAUGGGGAUUUGGUUGGUCUUUAUAAUCGACAAAAAAUGGACAUGCUAACUAUAGAAGAACAGGAAAUUCUUAAGGCUAAGAAAAGAAAGCUGGAUGAAUGUAAGAAAAAACUUAAAAAUUUACAAGAUCGCCAACAAAAUCAAAAAAAGUUCCGUGAUAAUCGUCGAGAAGCUCUUAAUUCAGCUGUUGUUGCUGACCCUAAUUUAAAAUCAAAACUGAAGAUCAAGGACUCUGGCAGUGCGGGUAGGCCUCGCCUCGAAGAAACACAGCCUUUGUUGUUGUCUGAAAUUGUCCGAAUCGCUAGGCAUGGAUCAGCGGCUCAUGAAAAGCGACAAGAUGAAAUCUAUCGUAGCAUCUUAACCUUGGAUGAUUUAACUGAGCAACUUACUAAAGACGGAUUUCACGUGAAAAGAUCAUCAGUGUACCUUGGAUUACAGCCUAAAAGGAGUAGUAGCCACCAAGGAAAGCGCCAUAUUGACACGGUUCCAGUGAGACUUAUUCGGGCUCAGAACGACUUUCAUAAAAGUCAUCCAGAUCAGAGACUGUGUCAAGCAACUAUACGUACCAUGGAUGAACUUGCAUCUCUUUUGGGACCGUCAGAAGUGUGCAACAUCUCUCAAGACGACAAAGCAAGAGUUGCUAUAGGGAUAACGGCAGCAAAUGUACAGGCCCCUAUGCUUAUGCACAUGCAGUAUCGGGUAAAACUUCCGGACCAUGAUUGGGUUGUCGCAGCUGGGCACAAGCUCAUCCAAUCCAAUGCAGGCAUAGCUGUUGACAGAAAUAGCCUAGGAAUGCCCGGUGCUGUCGGAUAUUCAGGUCCAACUUAUGUCGCCAUUCGCUUCGGCAAACAUUGUUCUUCAACUGCUUUAAGUCAUUGUAUGGACUUUGAACGAUUAUUGAACCUCCCUGAAUUCAACUCUAUAACAAAAAGUUCAGAUGAGAGAGUGAAGCCGAUUGUUAUGUUCUCAGGUAUAAAAUCAAAUUGAUGAAUGAAAUUUAAUUUCUAACACUUUUUGUAUAACUAUUUUCUUUCUACUAGUUGAUGGGGGUCCUUGGUGGACCUUGAAAAACAGAACUUUAAAAAAGCUGGGACUACUCUGGCAGAGGUAUGGAGUGAAGUAGUAUUUGAUGGAUAUCCUUGUGUUGCUGAAUAUGUGGAUCCGAAUUAUUAUGAAUUCAGUCAAGAUCGGCUCAACGUGAAAGAUCAGUAUUGGUUUUCGGAGCAUGUUCGCACGAGCCAGUACUUUACGCAAAUUGUUAAGUGUAAAAAUCUAAUGUGUUGUAUUAACGAGCCGAGAAGCUCAUACUUGGCCGUUGUUCCUACGCGGUUUAUUCCUCCUCCGAUUCCAUUGAUCCAAACUGACAAAGGGUUAAAAGCUUCUGAUCGAAGUGGCUUUGAAAGUCACGUCUUUCCUUCUUUAUUUUUAUCGCUCCAUCUUUCACGCGACUUAUUGCCUAAUUCAACUAAAGAAUUCCUUACGCUCCCUUAUGAUCUUUACACACCCUCAGUUCAGUCGCAGUUAUUGGAUCGAAUUUGCCAAAAAUGUUCGCUUUAUUUUGCAUCGAAAGUUAUGCUGAAGAGUCACAUGAUUGUACACAAAAAGAAGACUCAAAGCGCAAGUGCAGUUGUUGAGAAAGAGUUCAUCGUCACAAGAACUAGACCUGUUCGCAUCGCAGCGAUGCGACAGAGAGAAAUGAUGGCUAUCAUUGUAUCAGGAUUCUGGAAUCCCACCAUUUGUCGAAAAGCCCUCGAUCUUAUCGUGCCCAGUUGUGACGCUUGAAGAGCAUUUUGAUAAUCCAUGGGAGAACGAUGAGUGAAUUAAAAAAUAAGUCAUAUCCUGCCUAUUAAAUUGUUUAUAACGCAGUUACACCCAGAAUCAAUCAAUAUUUGUGAGCAAAUUGUUGUUUCAUGUAAAAGUUAAACGGUUGCUAAAAUACAGUUUUUUAAACCCUUUA